GUUAAUUUCCCAAUAAUUACUGUAACUAAGAUAACCACAUUACACAUGAAUCAAGUAGACCAACGGGAAACACUAUACUUCUAAACACUAAACUUUUCAACUAAAUGUCCCUUUGGUCAGACCAUAGCAAUCCCAUUAACUACGUCAUUUAGGAAAACAAGGCGGAUCAUUCUUAAACACACAUCAUCGUGUCCCCCCGUAGCGUGAUUAUUUAGACACCUGAAGAAACGGCACCGUUUCAGAUCAUCUUCAUCAUUCAUCACCUCUCCAUAAAAAACGGUAUAAAGACAGAACACAGAGACACACGCAAGCAAACGGUAAAUAAAAGAAAAAAACUAAACUUGUCACCGAGUCAAAGCUUCACGUCCCGACCGAACACACAUCUAGUUCUCAAUUUACACUAAUGCCACUGUCUCCGCCGCAUCACUGAUCCACUACAUUUCGCCGGAGAAUUUAAAAAAAAAUGGCGAAUAACUCGAAACAGAAGAUGUCGGAGCUGUUAACGAAGCUCGGUGAUAGAGACACGUUCACAAUGGCGGCGAAAGAGCUAGACUCGAUGGCGAGAAACAUCGACCCCACCUCCGGCGGGAAUCUCCAGUCGUUCGUCUCCGUCGUCCUCUCAGCCGACGCCGGAGAUAAACCGGCGGUUCGAAAGCACUGCAUCCACCUGCUCGCGGUUCUAUCCGUCUCUCUCCCUCCGAACGCUCUCUCUCCUCACCUCCCCAAGAUCCUAUCCCGCGUCACGCGCCGCCUCCGCGAUCCGGACUCCUCCGUCCGCUCCGCCUGCGUCGCGGCGGUGUCGGCGAUCGCUUCCCGGACGACGAAGCCUCCCUUCGCUUCCGCGUUCUUGAAGCCGCUGUCGGAGGCGCUGUUCACGGAGCGGGAGGCGAACGCGCAGAUCGGAGCGGGGCUGUGUCUCGCGGCGGCGAUCGACGCGGCGGAGGAUCCGGAUCCGGGUCGGUUAGGAACGACGCUUUUGCCGAGGCUGGAGAAGCUGGUGAAGUGUAAUGCUUUUAAGGCGAAAUCUGCCGGAGUCGUCGUGAUCGGAAGUGUGAUCGGCGCUGGUGGUGUCUCCGGCGGUGGAUUGAGAGGGUUGUUGGAUUGUUUGGUUAGUUUCUUGAGUAGUGAAGAUUGGGCGGCGAGGAAAGCGGCGGCUGAAGCUUUGGGGAGGUUGGCGACGGUGGAGAGGAAGAUCUUUGAAGGAAAGCGAUACGACAAGGUGAAAGCUGUGAGAGAGGUGAUGAAUCAGAUGAUAGAGGUUUGGACACAAGUACCAGAUUUAUCAGAGGAGGUUUCUCCUCCCAGAUCUAAUGCUUCUUCUAAAGGCUCUGGAGUUGCAUCAACACCUGCUAAACCGAGAACUCGUCUGGUUGACAGAUCAACUCCACCGGGGAGCUCAGUAGCCACCGCGAGGAGACGGACUAAUAAUGUAAGAAGUAGCGAUCAGAAGAAAACAAGUUCAGUACCAUCACAUACUAAAUCAAACGUAAGGAGGAGAUUGGAGUUGAAAGCUGGAGGAGGAGCAAGUAUUCUCAGUGGUGAGCCUCUUGAAGAAGAAUAUCACACCCAUAAUGAAAAUACAACAGAAGAGGGUCAGAUGCAGAAGCUAGGAGGUGGUGCCAGUUCGCAUGUCUUGUCUGAAAACAAGAGUAGUAGUAAUAACUGCAGAGGUUCUGAAGAUAUGUCUCUGAUCCGUAGUCAGCUUGUUCAGAUUGAACAACAGCAAUCCAAUCUAAUGGACCUUCUUCAGAGAUUUGUUGGAAGCUCGCAACAUGGAAUGCAUAGUCUGGAAACUCGAGUUCAGGGCCUAGAGCUUGCGCUAGAUGAGAUAUCUUAUGACUUGGCAGUUUCAAAUGGGAGAAUGAGUUCAAACAGAAACAACUGUUGUCUCAUUCCUCCUGGAAGAUUCAUCACAUCCAAAUUCUGGAAGAAAUCAGUUUCAGCACCAAGGCUGGCCACUUAUAGGAACAGAAAUGCACAAACCAUGGGGUUGCAAGGCUCUAGGCAGCGGUUUAAUGGUCCUGCAGGGUUUAUUGUCAACCCAUUAGCUGAAAUUCGACCAGAUAAUGUAUCUGCAGGUAUGCCUCACAACUAAGGGAAGAAGAGAAACAAAACUUUCAAAAGAUUCUUAGACUUGGAAACCACUGUGUGUGAAUGUGGUGAUUCUUACUGAUUACUAAGUCAUAAUAUUUACUACCACCCUAAGUUCACAUCCAUGUUCUGUUUCUUUUUUUUUCUUGAAAAUAUGUUGUACUAAAAUCCUUGAAUAUUUUAGGCUAAGUAGCUACCUAACUUGUGUAAAUUCACGGGUUGAAUAAUUGAUGUAGUUGUCAACUGUUUUUCUUUCUGUACUUUGGAAAAGAAAAUGGAUCUAUCUUAUCUUUUAGUUGAACUA